CGUGGUCGGGACGGAGGAAGCGGAAGGGUCGGGAAGAUGGCGGCGGUGGCAGGGGGAGCCUGGGGCGGCCGGAGGAUGGAGGCCGCUGCGGGCGGUUGCCGAGCCCCGCUCCCGGCCUGGUGGGGGCUGCUCCAGGGGCUGCUUCUCGCCGUGCUGGCAGCGGGCUCCUGCUGGGGGAACUCUGUUGAGAGGAAGAUCUACAUCCCCCUGAACAAAACAGCACCGUGCGUUCGCCUCCUGAAUGCCACCCACCAGAUUGGCUGCCAGUCCUCCAUCAGCGGAGACACAGGGGUGAUCCACGUGGUUGAGAAGGAGGAGGACCUGAGCUGGGUGCUUGCUGAUGGCCCACACCCACCCUACAUGAUACUGCUAGACGGGAACCUCUUCAACAGGAGGGUAAUGCUGCAGCUGAAGGGAACCUCGCGAGUGUCAGGCCUUGCUGUGGCCAUUGCCAAACCUAGCCCUCCCCAGGGAUUCUCUCCUGGUUUGAAGUGCCCCAAUGAUGGGUUUGGUGUGUAUUCCAAAGAUUACGGCCCUCAGUUCGCACACUGCAAUAAGACUGUGUGGAAUCCCGUGGGGAGUGGGCUUUCCUAUGAGGAUUUUGACUUCCCUAUUUUUCUCCUUGAAGAUGCCAAUGAGACGCAAGUUAUUAAGCAGUGUUACCAAGACCAUAACGUCCCUCGUGAUGGAUCUGGCCCCGAGUACCCUCUCUGUGCCAUGCAGCUUUUUUCCCACAUGCAUGCUGUCACCAGCACCGUUACCUGCAUGAGGCGCAGCUACCUCCAAAGUACCUUCAGCAUUAAUCCAGAGGUUAUGUGUGAUCCUCUCCUUGAUUACAAUGUGUGGAGCACCUUGCAACCUAUCAAUUCCUCUGGAAAAGUCGAUCCUGAGAAGGAAGUUAUUAUUGUCGCUACGCGAAUUGACAGCCAUUCCUUCUUCUGGAACAUCGCACCUGGGGCAGAGAGUGCCGUCUCUUCUUUUGUGACCCACUUGGCCGCUGCUGAAGCCCUUCAUAAAGUGUCAGAUGUUCAUCUGCUGCAAAGGAAUAUAAUGUUCACCUUCUUCCAAGGGGAGACCUUUGAUUACAUUGGCAGCUCACGAAUGGUGUACGAUAUGGAAAAAGACAAGUUUCCUCUCCGCUUGGACAACAUUCAUUCAUUUGUGGAGUUGAAUCAGGUGGCUCUAAGGAAUGACUCCGUUCUGUGGAUGCAUACAGACCCCGUCUCUCGGAUGAAUGAAUCUGUUGAAGUGCAGGUUAGAAACCUGCUAGAUAUUCUGAGUAAUAGCAGCGUGGGAGCAAAUGUGACUUUGCAGGAAGCUGGAUAUUCGCAGCCUCUUCCCCCAUCUUCCUUCCAGCGCUUCCUUCGGGCCCGGCACAUCCCUGGAGUGGUCCUAACUGACCACAGGAGCGCCUUCCAGAACAGAUACUACCAGAGCAUGUACGACACUCCAGAGAACAUCCGGAUGCAAUACCCCGAGGGGCUUAGCCCUGAGGAGACCUUAGAGUAUGUCACAGACACAGCCAAGUCCCUGGCAGAAGUUGCCACAGUGGUCGCCCGUGCUCUCUACCAGCUUGCGGGGGGAGCCAACAACACCUCUGCUAUUCAGGCAGAUCCAAAAACGGUCUCUCGAAUGCUCUAUGGGUUUCUGAUUAAAAUGAACAAUUCCUGGUUUCAGUCCAUCAUUAAACCAGACAUAAAAGGAAUUCUGGGUGACGUUCCUCAACACUACGUUGCCGUUUCCAGCCCUGUGAACACUACCUACCUUGUACAGUAUGUCCUGGCCAACCUCACGGGCACUGUUGUUAACCUCACCAAGGAAGAGUGCCUGAACCCUGAAAAAAUACCCAGCAGUGAGAAAGAAAUGUACGAAUAUGCCUGGGUGCAGGGUUCCCUGGACCCUAACUCAACAUCACGGGUCCCCUACUGUGUUCGGUCAACUGUUCACCUAAGCAAAGCGCUCUCUCCUGCCUUUGAGCUGAGGCAGUGGGGUUCUACAGAGUACUCCACAUGGACAGAGAGUCGGUGGAAAGAGAUCCGUGCCCGAAUAUUUCUGGUAGCCAGCAAGGAGCUAGAGAUAAUCACUUUGGUUGUGGGCAUUGCCAUUCUGAUCUUCUCUCUCCUCGCCACGUAUUUUAUCAACGCCAAAGCAGAUGUACUUUUCAGCAUCCCGCAGGACCCUGGGGCUGUGGCUUACUGAAGAUGCUCUCUGGGCUUGAGAAGUCUUAGUCCUUGGAUUACAAUUUUCAAAGCUAAAACUACACUGGAAUGCCCCUCUCUCUGGAUAGGGAUGCAAAUGGUUCUCUCCAGAGCUCCUGUGCUCGCGUUCUGGGGACCGAGCCCUGAAACGUAAGAGACUUCUAGAAAACCGUGCCGACCAAGCCCUAAAGAAACUGUGACUGAGAAAUUCCCAAAGCCUUUCUUUUUAAUUUGUCCUUACUUCUGAGCAACUUGAGAGGAUCGGUCCCGAAUGCCACUGAGACGACGGUGGGAUGGAUGUGUUCCCUAACUGAAGGCAAGGGUGGAGAGGGUGAAGGUGUUUUCUCUGCGAUGGAUGCGGACCAGCAGAUUUCCGUGGCGCCUGACAGCAUAGGUUGCCUGUUAGUGUCCCACAGUUGCUGUGAAUUUGUGUAUACUACAAUGCAGGGAGGGCAAGGUGUGUUUAACAGAUGAUUAGAUGUAAAAUGUCCUUUUUUUUUUUUAAUGGUGCAAUAUUUUCUGGGUUUUGUAUAUAUAUAUAAAUAGUUCCGUUUAAUUAAAAAAAUCUCCACUUACAAAUUAA